AUGUGGAUGGUCGUGACAGAGGAUCCAUCUGGCCGUGUUCACUUUGAGUACCGAGAUUUAUAUGGCUCAUCAGAUCGAAAACUGUUCAACCGUCCUUUCACGCCACGACCUCAACGCUACUCGCGAGGAUGUCCUUGUUUUCCGAGCCCGACAAUUUUCUCUACUCACCAUCCUUCACUCUUUGCCUCGAAAAAUUAUGAGUACGAGCGUUACGACAACGUGACUCCAGAUUCGCAGUAUUUCGAUGAUUCUGCUCAAAUGUUUUAUGGUCAGAAGCGGUACCCAUCCGGUUCAUCUUUGUCGUCUGAACCUCAGGCGUCACCACUUCAUCGAAUAGCUGGUAGUAACAAUUAUCCAACUACAGAUCGUUCGUUCUAUUACUAUUCUCAAAACGACAACUCAUAUUUGCCUCAAGAUAAGGGCAUCAUCGAUGACGAUUUGAUUCCUGUCUCUUGUGGAGAGUACGUUGUUUCAUUUGUUGAUGGAUCCCCUCGUCGGAACGAUUCUGAUAUUACUGUAAAGACUACACCUAAACAACAGUUCUGGGAAUAUACUCCUGCUGCUACUGCUGCUGCACGAACCAAAGAAAGGGAGAAAAGAUCUGGAGUACCGUCUCGGAUAUCAGUACCAUUAGAGCAACCAACACCUGACAUGUUUAGUCGCCCUUCGUCGCAUACUUCUGAUGAUAGUUGCUUUGUUUCCAAAUUCGGGAAUUUUCCCACUGUUUCCAAGACGCAGUUCAAGAGUUUACGCAUGAGCUGGAGGAAAAAAUUAUCAGCAGCGGCAAGAAAUCCAUUGGCACCAACUGUAAAUACAUCAAUCGGAUUGUCCACGAAUAUUGGUAAUUCACUUCCAACGGCUCAUGCACAAGCGUCCAGUGGCGUCACACCAGUGGGGACAAUGGUACACGCUGAGAAGAUUUCUUCCACCGCAACAACAACCAGUUUCUUCUCACGCAAGGAUAAAAAGAAGAAAGACAAGCGCCCUCGAAUCCGAAAAGAGGAUAUCAGUAAUCCUACGAAUUUCCAACAUAAAGCACACGUUGGAUGGGAUCAAGACAAUGGAUUUUCUAACAACAUGUGUGAUUCAGAACCUAUGGAUGAGAGCAUAAAAAACAUAAUCCGAGCGGCGGGUCAAGAUCCUACAAGUAUGAGCAAGAAAACUAUCAAAUUUGUAUAUGAUUUUAUUGAGAAUUAUAAGGAUGAUGAACACUCAGUGACUCCUGUGCAACCGUACAAAGCAGUUGCACCGUUAACCCCACAAUGGAGUACCCCUGUACCUCCACCACCACCCUCCCGUACCGCUUCUCAUCACACGUCUGCCCCACCUGCUCGUCCUCCUCCACCUCCUCCUGCUGCCGUUUCUUCAAGACCUUUUGCCAGACCACUACCUCAGGUUCCAAGUGUUGAUGUUGGUCGACCAGUAGGCUUUCCUCCACCUCCACCUCCUGCUCCUGCUCCGUUUUCUAAUAGUACGCCGCCACCACCACCACCACCUCCUCCACCGCCGAGCGUUAUAAGCCCAACACCAGCAGCAGCGGCAGCUCCUCCCCCUCCACCUCCUCCUCCUUCGUUGGCUGCAGCGGAUUCUGGAAGAGGAAAUCUUUUAGCGGAAAUACAAGCUGGUAAACAACUUCGUAGUGUUGGAGCGCAUAACUCGAGUCCAAAAGUUGAUGUGCGAGACAAUGUGAUGGCUCAAAUUCGUCAAGGAGCACAACUUAAACAUGUUGAUACAGCAGCAGAGCAAGAGAAAAGAAGAUCCGAAAGUACAUCACUAGAAAUGGGCGGUAUUGCCGGUGCUCUUGCUAAGGCUCUUGAAGAGCGUAGAAUGAAUAUGGCGUUGGAUGAUUCGAGUGACGAAGAAGAAUCUGACGAAAGGAACGAGUGGUCUGAUUAG